GUGUGUGUGAGUGUGUGUGUGAGUGUGUGUGUGAGUAUGUGAGAUAAUGUGUAUGAGUGUGUGAGUGUGAGUGUAAGUGUGUGUAUGUAUGUGUGUGAGUGUGAGUGUAAGUGUGUGUAUGUAUGUGUGUGAGUGUGUGUGUGCAUGAGUGUGUUUGUUAGUGUGUGAGUGUAUGUGUGUGAGAGUGUGUGUAUAAGUGUGAGUCUGUAUUAGCGUGGAGUGUGUGCAUGUGUGUGUGUGUGUGUGAGUGAGUGUGCUUGUUUGUGAGUGUGUGUGUGUGAGCGAGAGUGUGUGUGUGUGAGCGAGAGUGUGUGUGAAUGUGUGUGAGUGUGUGUGUGUGUGAGUGUGAGUGUGUGUGUGUGAGUGUGAGUGUGUGUGUGUGUGAGUGCCAACAACAGGAAAUCCCCUGUGGAGUCGGGGUUUAACAGUCAGGAUGUUCAGAUACACUCUCAGUGUUGCACCAUCGCUGAGUGAAAUGAGGAAGUCUCUUCCUUCAGGCAGACUGCCCGCACUCUCUGUGUGUCUGUGAGUGUCUGUGUGUGUGUGUGAGCAUCGGGGGGGGUCGAUUUCAACAAUGUGGGAACUGAAGGGGCUACUGACAGUCACCCUCUGCCUAUCCUGGGAUGUCCCACAUUCAGGAACGUUCAACAUCGAGACAGAGGGAGCACAGAGUUUUCACGGGAGUCAGAAUUCCCACUUUGGGGAAACAGUCACACAGAUCCAAACCGGCACUGAGACGUGGACGGUGGUGAGUGCCCCCCUGGAGGUGAAUCAGACCGGGACACGAACCGGGCGGCUAUACAAAUGCAGUUACAGCCGAGGGCAGUGCCAGCCCCUGGCAGUCAACGCUCCUCCUGAAGCUGGUGCCAUUUCUCUCGGGCUCUCCCUGUCAGCGCUGAACGUUGGUGAGGGGGCCUUCCUGAUCCCCCAACACCAGGGUAUCGUCCCCCAGGUUUACUUGGCAGCGCUGCUCGUUCAUCAGGUGACAUUUAACGCAGAGUUUGACGUCUCUGAUUCUGGGAGUGAGGACCUGGCAGCAAACUUCACCGUCACCGCCACCAGUGGGAACGCUGUGCGGAUUACCAACGAGAGCACUCUGACCCGGACUCUCUUCCUGCGUUACACUGUCAGUGUGGUGACCUCCGGGAUCGAGUCCACGCGGCACAUCAAUGUCACCGCUGGAAGCCAGGAGCAGCGGCUGGUCAAACACUCCUACCAGGUAGAGAACCUGGGAGACCGCAGCGUGCCGAUUGGAGUGAUCCUCUCUGUCCCAGACCGUCUCAGCGGACAGUCCAUCUGGAACGUUUCCGUGUCCCCACGAAACCAGACGCACCGCUCAGUGUGCUCACCCUCCAUCGACAGAGGGAAAAGGCCGCAGGGGAUCUCUGUUCACAACAGACAAGACAACGUCACUGAGGACUGUGGGAUCGCGCCAUGCAUUCUGCUGAGGUGUGAGGUGUCCAACCUGCGGGGCCAUGAGAAGGUGAUCUUCGAUAUUCAGGGGGAGGUGAGGACUGAGGCAAUUACUCAGUUGAAUGUGAAACAGUUUCAGUUGAUCAGUAAGUUACGACUCCGUUAUGAUCAGCAGAAGUACGUGGAUGUAUCGAAUGUGAACGAUAAGUUGAAGGAGUCAAUGAUCGAGACUGAGGUGGAUGUGCUGGUGAUGGCGGAUCACCUGGUGGAGAUUGUUGCUGGGAGUGUGGCCGGUCUCUUCCUGCUCAUGAUCUGCUGCGUUGUCCUUUACAAGCUGGGAUUCUUCAAGCGGAACAAAGCGUCUGGGGACAAGGACCCACUCCAGAAGGAUUCCCCGCCUGCGACAGAGGGGUCAGCAGCUGAGGCAGCGACUGCGCAGAGCUGAGGGAAAAUGGCGGGUUUCUGGUCUGAUCCCACUGUGUGCAAUUGGAAUAAUCCACAUGCAGCAUCUCCCUGAGUGAUUCACUCCCAAGUCUGAGUCCAAAACCAAUAAAGUGAUUGAUUGAAA